AUGCCAGUACUCCUAUUCGACGAAUUUUGGAAGUCAGGGCUUCUUGGAAAGAACAACAAAUUGGAUAGAGCUAGCUAUUGGGAUACCUCCUAUUGGCACACCACUAGCAUUAACCAAACACUCUUGGAUCCUUUAGCUGUCUCCAUGAUUCGUGGAAGAUAUUCGAGGAUGAGAAAAUCUCGAGUCUCGAAUGAUGUGCUUCAAUGUUCUAAAGAAUACGAGAAGUCGUACGAGACCGACAGCGAUUUCAGGGGUGAAACUACGAACAAAAGCGUAAGGAAAUGUGAUAUGGAAGAGAUCAGAUCUAGUCUGGUGAGGG